AUGCUGACUUCUGCUCUGUUUGGCACACUAAUAGCCAUCGCCUCGAGUUCCCUCCCCAAGGGUCUCGUCAUCGGCCCGGAUGCCUCCGGCCGGUCCUUCUCGGCAAGACUGGGAGUCCGGUACGCUCCGCAACCCGUCCGGUUUCAGAAAGCAACGAUGGCGACAAAUUGGAGAGAAUCGACGAUGGACCAACGGCCGCAGGAGUGUGAACAAAUGGACUUCUACAAAAAGCACAACAUGAGCGAGGACUGCCUUUUCAUGAACAUCUACGGACCGACGGACCCCGAAGCCCUCCCCGAAAAGCUGCCCGUUCUCGUGUACAUCCACGGCGGCGCCUACAAAUUCGGCACCAGCAACGAGUUCAAGCCAAAGGACAUGACGAACCUGGCGAUGGCCGGCUUCGUUGUGGUCGCGUUCCAGUAUCGGCUUAGCGCGCUUGGCUUCCUCGCGUUGAACGGUACCUCGACGCCAAACCUCGGCCUCCACGACUCUCACCUGGCCCUCGAAUUCAUCCACAAGAACAUUGGAUUCUUCGGCGGCAAUGCCCAAAACGUGACGCUGAUCGGACAAUCUGCUGGAGCCUGCACCGCCCACGCCCUAGCCAUUUCACCAGCCACCAACCAUGCCCUCUUCAAGCGUGUCGUCCUGAUGUCGGCCGUUGUUGAUGUGUGCUUUGAGGGGACUUUCGGCGGACCUUCCAAUACUGUACCGGCCAUGGAUACCUGGAAAUCUGGAGUCUGCGCUCCGGCCACAACUGAUGCCGAGCUGAAAGAAUGCCUGAUGAAGGCGCCGGCAAGCGAAAUUAUUGGAGCGGACAUGUACCUCUACAAAAAUUGGCAACUCGUCGUCGAUGGAUACUUUUUCCCGCGGCACCCCGCCCAAAUGGAACGCAGCAGCCGUGGACACGACAUUCUGAUCGGCGUCACCACUGACGAAUGGGCUUUUUUUCGCGAAGCGAAGGAUAUGGACCUAAUGGUCGAUUUCUACUUGGAUGGGAAGAAGGAUGACAAUUCGAGCAUGCAUUGGUACGAGAGGACUGUGCAGGCGCUCACCGACCUGAUUUUCCAUCUGCCAACCGUCACCGAAGUGUCACGAAUCCUGGCCGCCGACAAGCCCCCAGCCAUCCAAAUCUAUACCUUUGAUGUGCGAAACCCGAUCAAAUCCGGCAACGAUAACUUCCACUCACAACACGGUGACGAACUCCACUACCUGUUCGGCAACCAGACCCAAGUAUUGCCACAGUUCCGUGACGUCGUGCUCGGAUUCGCGAAGGAAGGAAAAUUCCCAGCCGAAACCACGCAUCGCCACCACCUUCGCGGAAGCCUCGUGAUCAAGGGCGAGCUCCCAUACACGGCAUAUCAGCCUCAUUUCUGCCCACGAGCCGAGAAGCUGAAGAAAAUCCUUCUCCGAAGACAAAGGAUCCCGACUUCCGUUUUCGACAAUUUGAUU